CGCAUGUGGAAUGUCUAACAAGGUCAUUGUUAAUGAAGAUUAAAAAUACAUACAUUUUCGUACGCACAACAAAUUUAGGACUAUAAUCUGUUCAGGUCAAGGAGACAGUAUUACUACAGGUAAUACGUAAGAACGCACUGAUAGCAGGCCCAUAUAUAAACAUAAGGAGCCCGAAAUAAUGGUGAUUUGUGAAAAUAACGCAAAAUGAACGCGUGCGUGUUGUUUUGGUUCCUCUCAGUGUUGUUUGUUUUUGCCAGCUGCGAUGAAGAAGAUAUUGAUAUAAAAAUUAAUCAAGAAGCAAAACUUCGUUUUUACUAUGGUUCGAUGGAGAAUUAUACUGAACUAUAUAUAUACGAAGCCCAUAAGAUAUUUUCAGAGACGUGGUAUGACUCUAGCAAGAGUACAGUCAUAUUUUCACAUGGAUUUACAGGUCGUCCCACCGGCCCCGCCGUGACUGCGGUAAUAACGGCUUACAUUGAUGAAGGGAAAAGCAAUGUGGUGCUAUUGAAUUGGCAAGAUCUGGCCUCUAUGGCACUACCAGGUUUUGCUUCUUCGUAUAUGAAAUGGGCAGCACCUAAUGCUCGAAAGCUUGGAGUUCGAUUUGCCAAUACUUUAAGUAACAUGGCUGCUGCUGGUCUGAAUUUGAAAAAGAUUCAUCUAAUAGGACAUUCAUUGGGAGCCCAUCUGUUUGGUAUUACUGGUACAACGCUAGCCAGCAGAGGAAUGCAACCUUCAUGUAUCACUGGUCUUGAUCCAUCGAGGGUUGGUUUUGACAACAAACCAUAUCAUUUGAGAUUGAACCCAGAGUCUGCAGAAUCGGUGGUUGUGGUACACACGGAUAGUAGUAAAUAUGGUGCCAAAGGAUCGAUGGGUAAAGUGGACUUUUGGCCGAACUUUAGAAACAACGGGCAUGUAAUUCAACCUGGCUGCGAUGAAAGACCAGCACAGACAUUUUCAAUGGCAGAUUUAUGUAAUCACAAUCGAUGCUGGGAACUUUUGAUCGACUCUAUGAAGCAUCCUGGAACCUUACUCGGAUCUCAUGCCAAGAAUUAUAGGGUAUGGAAGAAUUACUCGGCAGAGGAGAAAAAAGCCGUCACAAUGACUAUUGGAAAGUGCGACCCGAAUGCGGUGCCUGGCAACUAUUACUUGACUACUAAUGCUGAAACUCCUUUUGGACGAGGAGAAGAAGGUUUAUAACAAAUUAAAUAUAUAAUUAAAGUUACAAAGCAGGAUAAAAAUCUUUUACAGAUGA